CAAAGAACAACAACAAUCAAAAAGAAAAUAUCAUGAAUAUCCAAAAGGGUGUUAACCCUCAUCGCCCAUACUACACCCCUGGUCUCCAUCACCAACACAACUACACUUCUUUACCUUCGAAUGAUGCUGCUCCAGGAUUGACCCCCAAUAUAUAUCUCGACAAUGAAGAAAGACCCCUCAAAGGACUGACGACCCGCAUCACUACAUUUGCUGCUGCAAAGUACAUGCUGACAAUGCUGACAAGUCCAUUUGAUGUCGGAACAACUCUUUUGCAAGUACAAUACUCACCUCAUGAGGAUGUCGAAGUCAUUGGAUUUCGUGACACCAUUAAAAAGAACCCUCUUGUUGAACAAACUACAGGUUAUCAGAAUGGAACUUCCUCGGAUGAAGAUGAAGACGAUGCAUUCUACAGUAUGCGACCCGGAAAUACAACAAAUCAAGAAAAAGAACCUACUCAACCAUCCUGGUCAAAUUAUGCACGAAAUACGGAAUCGCAGAAAAAGCACCCACACCCCCACCCCCACCAACAGCAACAACAACAAGUAACAGUUACGUCUAGAAGUGUUUAUGACGAUGAAAGUCGACCUGUUCACCAGAUGGCACCAAUGGGAGGAGGAGUUCUUGAGAUAUUGAGUGUUAUUGUGAAGCAACCUGGUGAAGGGUGGAUGUCGCUUUUUAAAGGUCAGAGAGUAACAUGGGUUUAUGAAAUGGCAAGAGCGUGUCUACAACCUGCUCUUGAAGGCGCAUUAAACGACGUGUUUGGAUUGUAUGAUGAUACGAUACCAUUAAUGCAUCUUGACAAUGUCACUCCAAACAUGACAACCAUGGUAGCAAGUCAUUUGGCAAUAGGCAUUCUGUUGAGCCCACUGGAAAUUAUCCGUACCCGGUUAAUUGUUCAGUCGUCUUCGCCUACGAAUGCAAAAUACAGACAUCUCAUCCACGCAUUUGCAACCAUGUGCCGAGAAGAAGGCGGUCUUGGCAAAGUAUAUGGCUCGAUCAACCUUUUACCCACCAUUCUCUAUCACACUAUCCACCCGCUCUUGACGUGCAGCACGCCGUUAAUUAUCGACAGAUGGCUGCAUAUAUCUGCCUCAGAUUCACCUAUUCUGUAUGGCGCAGCCCAAUUGGCCAUGAGCACACUGGCGCUUCUUAUCACAUUGCCACUAGAAGUUAUCCGUAAAAGAUUACAAUGUCAGGUCCCAUAUUCUCCCAAAGAGAUAGGAGGAGGAGGCCCGUUUGAAACAUCUGUCGCACUUCGUCCAGUUCCUUACAACGGUAUACUAGAUGCCGUAUACAAGAUCAUGAAAGAAGAAGGCACAAAGAAAAAACACAAUACGAAACGUACAGUCAUCAAACGGAGGAAAGAUUAUAAUAAUAGUGAUGAUAAUGAUAGUAAUAGUGAGGAUGGUGAAACGUUUGAAAAUGAUCGACAAAUCAAGACUACAAGUGCCUGGGGUAUUCGUGGACUUUAUAGAGGAUUCGGCAUGCAAUUGGCUGCAAAUGCCCUUCUUUUUGUCUUUCACACAAUAAAUGGAAUUGAAGUUGAUUUUGACGGAUCCAGUUAAAAGCUUCGGGAAAUAAAUAAAUAAAAUAAAUCCCUCUUUUCUGUUUUUGGUACAAAAACCAAAAAAAAAA